AUGCCCUCUAAUAAAAAAUUCAGCUUUUUGCCCCUAAAAGAUGAAAGCCCGUUCAUUAACUUUCCUGAUGAAAUUUUAGUUUGCAUUUUCAAGAAUUUGACCAAGAAAGAUGUUGCAAAUAUGCGAUUGGUCCACAGCAAUUUUGACAAUGCUGUAAAGAAUAUUCUCUUGCACUCAAUUGUGGUUGUGACUAGAGAUAAGAGUGUUUAUUCUUUUCCAUCGUCUUGGAAUGAUUAUACUUUUGUGAAGUCUGAUGCAUUUUUCCAUAUGUUUAGAUCCCAAUACUUUGACCCAGAAUAUAACAAAAGGUUAAUAUUUAUGGGACCUUUGUCCACAGAAGAGAAAUAUGUUGAACGUUUGAAACAUACCCUUAAUGAUGUACAAGUCUACGAUGCUGCACCUUUCAAUGGUAACAGAGUUGUAUGUGUAACAUUAUCCAUUGGCACUCAGCCACAAGCCUACUGGCUGGUUAUCGAACAUGACUUAUUUGGGGAUGACUUUCGUCAAUUUGGAAAACCUCCAAUUACUCCAUUAUCACUUCCAGAAUAUUCAAUUAAUGAAAUGAAGAUCCUGUCACUGAAGGCUAAUUUUCUGGCAUAUAAAAUCAAUUGCAAGUCUAUCAUUUUAACGGGAUUGAACUAUAAUGACAUGUUGAGUCACUUUAACUACAGCACAAUCACAAAACUAAGUAUAUUACAAGAAACCGCACUUAACAUGUCAUCAUUUACUCGAAUGGCACAAUUUUUCAUAAACUUGAAAGAAUUUGGAAUAGUUGAUAGUGCAAAUUUUUCGUUUCAACAAUUCGUGCUUGGUUUGAGAAGCAAUAGUUUAACUAGAUUAGAAACAAAAUGUGAAAUAGAUUCCUUUGGUCUUGAAUUUGAUAACAUAAUACAUCAUCAUAGUAGAUCACUAGAAACCAUUAUUCAUCACUACAAGGACAAUAAAGCACCAUUAUUUGCAAGACCAGAACGUGGUGCAAACCCUAAAGAAAUGCCUUUGGGAUUUAGGUUAUUGAAACUAGAUGAUUUUCCAAAACUUAUACUGUUGAAAUUCGAUGGUGGAAGGUAUUCAGUUGAUAGAUCUGGCCAUAAACCAAAGAUGGUGUAUCUGACAUAUUAG